AUGUCUGACCCCUCCUCCUCAGUGACUUUGAACACAGGGACCCGAAUGCCCCUCCUGGGGCUGGGCACAUACCGGCUACGAGGCUUCCACCAGAUUCAUGCAGCGGUCGACGCCGCACUGGCAGCGGGAUACCGCGUGUUUGACACCGCCGCAGUGUACGAGAACGAGGCCGAUCUGGGGCUCGCACUCAGGGACCUGCUGCCCAAACACAGCCUGACCCGUACUGAUAUCUUCGUCAUCAGCAAGCUGGGACCUGCGGACCAGGGCUCCAGGGCCCGGGAGGGGUGUGUGCAGAGCUUGGAGCAGCUGGGCUUGGAAUACAUUGACCUGUAUCUGGUGCACUGGCCCGGGACCGAGGGGCUGUGCCCAGGCGACGCACUCCACCGAGAGAAUCGCGCCCACAGCUGGGCAGUGCUCCAGGAGUUCCACACCGGGGGUAAAUUCAGAGCGAUCGGGGUGUCCAACUACACCGUGGGACACCUGCGGGAGCUGCUGGAGUCGGGAGGAACGCCCCCUGCAGUGCUGCAGGCGGAGCUUCACCCCAAACUGGCCCAGGUGGAGUUAAGGACCCUGUGCAGGGAGGCGGGCGUGUGCUUCCAGGCCCACACCUCCCUGGGGGCGGGGGCCCUGCUGGCAGACCCUGUGGUGCUGGGCGUAGCCGAGGGGUGCGGCCGCAGCCCCGCCCAGGUGCUGCUCAGGUGGGCCGUGCAGCAGAGCGUGCCCGUGCUGCCCAUGUCCUCACACCCCGAGAGGGUGGCAGAGAAUGCACAGAUCUUUGGCUUCCAGCUGAGUGAGGAGGAGAUGGGGAGGCUGUCUGCCCAGGACUGCGGGAGGAGGUUCUGCAGAAGAGACCCCUCCACCAUCCCCUAG